AGAGGCAGAGAGAGAGCGAGAGAGAGAGAGACAGAGGCAGAGAGGGAGGGAGAUUAUGGAAUGCUGUGAUGUCAUCAGCCCAGUCAUACACACAAAGACAAGGAGGACCCAUUGCCGCUCUGACUCUCUCAGCUUAGUUAGCAUACUCUGCAGUGGAGCGGCUGUCUACAUCCCACUAAAGUCCAAAUGAUGACCUCCAAAGACAAAGAGUACUGACAUCCCAGUAGGCUGGGGAAACAUCAUAUGCAUGAGCUUGUACCUUGUGUACCAAAGUGUGUGUGAGGAUGAGCAUGCACCCCGAUUGAUGAAGAAGAGAGAAUCCGAGUGAUUUCAGGAUAAAGAAGCUGUGAAAGUCUUCUUCAGAUGACAUGAGACUAUAAACCAACACUGUCAACCUCAAGAAGCUGCUGGCCGAGGGGCAGCUCCUCCUACCUCCAACCGCUUGGCCAGGUGGUACCAAGUUAACCCACGACGCCAACAUGCUCCAGCAGAUUUUAACGGACAUGUACAUCGACCCCGAUGUGCUGAAUGCUCUCAAUGAGGACCAGAAAAAGACUCUGUUCCUGAAAAUGCGCCAGGAGCAGGUACGCCGCUGGAAAGAACGGGAGGAGAAACGAGAGAGAGAAGGGGGGGACGCUGAGUGCAAGCGAACGACGCCAAAAAAAGCCAACAGUAAGAAUGUGAGCUGGCUGCUCGGUCGCGAUGGAGAUGUGGCGGUCAUCGUGAUUGGGGAGUUGGAUGAGCUGAGCUCCAAAUUCAUCCCUUCAGGAUUUGGAGAAAAGAAGGCGCCGAGUCUUCAGAACACUACACACCAUCAAACCAUCCUGAAGAGCAGAAAAACCACAGAAUCUGUCAGAACUGAAAGCGAGAACCUCCCUCGUAAUACACAACCUGGAAUUUCACUGAAUUUAAAGGGGAGGUGUGAGGAGACGAGCACCUCACUCCCUCUGCCGGUGUCAGUGAGUGAGCAUUCAUCACCUGCAGCAACAGAAAAGCCCGAGUCAAAGUCAGCCAGUGUGACUGAAGAGAAGUCGGUUCCCCAGCCCUCCAUCCGCACCAUGCUUCUCACGAGAGCUAGCCCUGUCACUGUGAGACCAGCUUCUGCAAAUGCGGCACCAGGCUCUGUCAACACGAGACUCUGCCUCGCAAAUCUGAGGCUGGCCACCGCCACACCAUCCCCUUCCCCCAGCAGCACUGUCAAAAUGGACUCUGGAACAACCAAAGGGGGCCUGCACUCACAGGAGCCUCAGAAGCCCCAGGAAUCACACAGUGGGAAAGACAUUGGUGCAUCCGAAGCGUCGCGGAGGGCUGGCUCGGAGGAGGCCGGAUCAUCAGGGAGCGCACCAACCUGCGCAGGACGCGGCCGGGUGGCUCAGCUGAUGAAAACCUUCAGCACUGAAAGCGCGCCAACCCCCACACAGACCCCCUCUCGCAGCGUCAAGCCUCCUCUAGCCAACAAGCCGAGCCACUUGCGUCUAACGACCACACCUACUGUCAGGUAAUCCUCAAACACUGAUGCCCACCCAGCUUCACGCACCCCAGUGAAUCAAAUGAAGCCACACUGAACAAUGUUGGACACCGAAGGUGGAGCCUCAGCCAGUGGGUUAAUGGGAUGACCAACACAAAAGUGAGAAAGAAGAAAAUGGUAAUGUUUUCAAUGUUGCUAUCACUCCCAAAGCACAGCAAUGGAAAUGCUUGAAUGUAAUGGUUCCGUUGUAUUUUCGGAAGCUUCAGUACUGUAAACACUCUUCGUGGGAAAGAAAUUCCAAAGCAAUUGAUCGCAAUGUGUAUGUAUUUGUUUUCCAGGGAAUUGAUUGAUCACAUGUAUUCACUUGAUGCGGACGCUUUCCACUUUGUGUAACAUGCGGGAAGAACACACAUUUUCUUGUCCAAUUCACAAACCGCAUACACAUAAUAUUGUUUACUUGCCAAUGACAUCAUUUCCAUUACUUAUAGGACAGUUUGCAUGAGCUGGUAUGCAGACACACGUGUGUGGUUCAGGACAAAAGACCGGGCAUGGGCAGGCAUAAUGGGGUAGAAUAAGGCACAGUAGGGUCCUCCUUCAUCUUGCUGUCUUCUCCUUGGGAAUACUUUAGGGUUGUUUAUUUGUCACAAUGCAAUGUAUGUCUCCCUUUGCCACCUGGCAGGAGCCUCACUGCGACCUGUUGUGGACCAGUGAAAGUGCCAAAUGCAUCGUCUGUCACUCCCAGUGGAUCAAGUCAGACAGUCGCUGCCAAAUAAUCCAGCUCUGUGUUACUCUUCUGCAAUUUUUCCAGUAAUAUUUUAGAGAUGCUUGGUUGUACUUUUUCCACAUUUUCUAUAGGGAGAAAGAUGUUUUGUAAUGGGAUAUUUAACAUUACUGCAAUGUUCAUUUGUAAAAUGAGAGACAUUUUUAUCUUUGUUGUCACGCUUGUAUGAUGCAAUCAAAGAAAUAAUAAAAUGGUGUAACUUUUACACCUUGUAUCUUUAAA